AAGGCAGGGUCCCCCGUGAUCCCUGGCCAUGGCCGGCCUGGGCCCCGGCGGAGGCGACUCCGAAGGGGGACCCCGACCUCUGUUUUGCAGAAAGGGGGCCCUGAGGCAGAAGGUGGUCCAUGAAGUCAAGAGCCACAAGUUCACCGCUCGCUUCUUUAAGCAGCCCACCUUCUGCAGCCACUGCACCGACUUCAUCUGGGGUAUUGGAAAACAGGGCCUUCAAUGUCAAGUCUGCAGCUUCGUGGUUCAUCGGCGAUGCCACGAAUUUGUGACCUUCGAGUGUCCAGGUGCUGGGAAGGGCCCCCAGACGGACGUGAGUGCCGGACCCCUGCCUCCUCCUCAGGCCACACCCGCCCUCACCCCCUGGGCGACCGUCCCAAUUUCUCCUGCUAUUUUUAAGGCUGGGAGGGGAGGGGGGCCGGAGAGAUCUCACCCGGCCUCUGAUGCCCGCCUAACAGGGUCCCACCAGGGCUCAGCUCCCACAAGGCUGGCUGCCGGAGUGCUGGCUUGUGGCCCGCGCAUCUUCAGAGCCCUGCUGGUGGAGGGGGGGUCCCCGGCCGGGCUGCGAGUGCGACCCAGGUUUGUCCCGCCAGGCUGCGAGAUGAACGUGCACCGGCGCUGUGUGCGCAGCGUGCCCUCGCUGUGCGGCGUGGACCACACCGAGCGCCGCGGCCGCCUGCAGCUGGAGAUCCGGGCCCAGACCAACGAGGAGAUCCACGUCACCGUGGGUGAGGCCCGAAACCUCAUUCCUAUGGACCCCAACGGUCUGUCUGACCCCUAUGUCAAACUGAAGCUCAUCCCAGACCCACGCAACCUGACCAAACAGAAGACCCGGACGGUGAAAGCCACACUGAAUCCCGUGUGGAACGAGACCUUCGUAUUCAACCUAAAGCCGGGGGAUGUGGAGCGCAGGCUCAGCGUGGAGGUGUGGGACUGGGACCGGACUUCCCGCAAUGACUUCAUGGGGGCCAUGUCCUUCGGGGUCUCGGAACUGCUCAAGGCGCCCGUGGACGGCUGGUACAAGUUACUGAACCAGGAGGAGGGUGAAUAUUACAAUGUGCCGGUGGCAGAUGCUGACAACUGCAGCCUCCUCCAGAAGUUUGAGGCCUGUAACUACCCCUUGGAAUUGUAUGAGCGAGUGCGGAUGGGCCCCUCGUCCUCCCCUGUCCCCUCCCCGUCCCCCAGCCCCACCGACUCCAAGCGCUGCUUCUUCGGGGCCAGCCCAGGACGCCUGCACAUCUCCGACUUCAGCUUCCUCAUGGUUCUGGGCAAAGGCAGCUUCGGGAAGGUGAUGCUGGCAGAGCGCAGAGGCUCCGACGAGCUCUACGCCAUCAAGAUCCUGAAGAAGGAUGUGAUCGUCCAGGACGACGACGUGGACUGCACCCUGGUGGAGAAACGUGUGCUGGCUCUGGGGGGCCGAGGUCCGGGCGGGCGGCCCCACUUCCUCACGCAGCUGCACUCCACCUUCCAGACGCCGGACCGCCUGUAUUUCGUGAUGGAGUACGUCACCGGCGGCGACCUGAUGUACCACAUCCAGCAGCUGGGCAAGUUUAAGGAGCCCCACGCAGCAUUCUAUGCCGCUGAGAUAGCCAUCGGCCUCUUCUUCCUUCACAACCAGGGCAUCAUCUACAGGGACCUGAAACUGGACAACGUGAUGCUGGACGCCGAGGGACACAUCAAGAUCACCGACUUCGGCAUGUGCAAGGAGAACGUCUUCCCGGGGACCACGACCCGGACCUUCUGUGGGACCCCGGACUACAUAGCCCCCGAGAUCAUUGCCUACCAGCCCUACGGGAAGUCCGUGGAUUGGUGGUCCUUUGGGGUCCUGCUCUAUGAAAUGUUGGCAGGGCAGCCACCCUUUGACGGGGAGGACGAGGAGGAGCUAUUUCAGGCCAUCAUGGAGCAGACAGUCACCUACCCCAAGUCGCUCUCCCGGGAAGCUGUGGCCAUCUGCAAGGGGUUUUUAACCAAACACCCAGGGAAGCGCCUGGGUUCUGGGCCUGACGGGGAACCCACAAUCCGGGCGCACGGCUUUUUCCGCUGGAUCGACUGGGACCGGCUGGAGCGGCUGGAGAUCGCCCCUCCUUUCAGACCUCGCCCGUGCGGCCGCAGCGGUGAGAAUUUCGACAAGUUCUUCACGCGUGCGGCGCCGGCGCUGACGCCCCCAGACCGGCUGGUCCUGGCCAGCAUCGACCAGGCGGAUUUCCAGGGCUUCACCUACGUGAACCCCGACUUUGUGCACCCGGACGUGCGCAGCCCCACCAGCCCAGUGCCCGUGCCAGUCAUGUAAUGCCACCUGCGCCUGCUAGGUGCUCCCCUGUGCCCUCAGAUCUAGAUCCCGCCCGGCAGCGCUCUGGCCUCCGUCCAUCCGUACGGGUUCUAGACUCCCCCAUCACCUGGCCUCCUAAGCUCCAUCCCGGCUCUAGAGCCGCCCUUGUUCUAGAUCCCGCUGUGCUGAGCCCCAAUGCAUCUCCCGCCCGGCCUGAGGGGCUCUGGACUCUGUCCUCAGUGCCCGCCUCUUUCUCCCUCCCGCCCAGGGGAAGUAGCCCCACUGUUCUCAGCCAGCUUUUGUUCUAGACUCCUGUGCCGACCCACCACACCCAGACACCCCUGCCCGCGCAUGGCUCCAGCCUCUCUGGGAACCUCCCCUCCCACCCCUCGCGGGCCUGCCGGCUCUGGGGGCUCCUGUGCCUCCCCCUUAGCCUCUCCCACCCACAGCUGCUGGAGAAUAAAUUUGGGAUGCUGACGCUGAAGU